AUGUCUGCUUGUAGUAUUAGUUCAAAAGAAGAAGAUGUGGAAGUUGGUGAGACUGACCUCUUCAGUCGCUUUACUAAACAGAGAGAUAAUUACGAAUCUUUGAUAAAUGUUGUCCAGAGUAGAAACGACCAAAUAAAGGAAUCCAAUCGACAAAGCUUCUUAAAACUUGCGCAGGAAAAUUCAGAUUGGACUGCUUUCGCAGAAUCCCUACGCGCUGAUGUAAACAAUAAAAAAGAACGCAUCGCAUGUUUGGAAGAGACCCUGGGACUAAAGGCAGAUGAGUUUGCAACGAAUCCUGCAGAAACACAGAAGCGACUUCAGAAGGUCGCCGAAACAUUCCAACAAUUGGAAGAAAAAGAAUCGAAUGAAAUUGAGAAAAGGAUGAACCUUAUUCAAUCCCAGGCAUCUGAAAUUCUAAGGCUGCAUGCCUUGGUAAAUGUCGAAGAACGCAACAAAAUUGUUCGCAGAGAUAUAUUGUAACACUCUGUUAAGUAAACUGUUUGCAUUUCUUUCUAGAAUAAGUAGUAUAAGUUUCUGAAAUCGUAAUCCGUUGGUGUCAGUAAAUCAAAUUUUUCAAUAAAAAAUCGAUUUUACUUUUUCUUAGUUAAUAGAUC